GGCACGCCGGUGUCUUCACGGCCCAAACUAACAUCGCGCCUCCCAACACCUCCCGCUGGCUGCCGCAAGUAAAACCAGGCUGGGCCUACAACGCGACCCUCGGCGUCGAGGGACCCAUGCUCCUCGAUGGCGCGAAAAGGGAUCGCGCGGUGUGGCCUGGCGACUUGGGUAUCGCAGGCACGACGGCGUAUCUAGGUCUCGGAGAUGCUGGACUGGAAUCGGUGUACUAUGCGCUGGAGACUAUGUUUCUCUAUCAGAACACUUCGACGGGGCAGUUACCCUUCGCGGGACCGACGACAGGGUCGUGGAGGCGCGGAGCGAAGAGUGAUACGUAUCAUGCAUGGACCUUGAUUGCGUGCUUCAACUACGCAAUCUUCACCCGCGACGAAGCCUGGGUCGCAAACCGUUGGACAAACAUCACAGCCGGCGUAGACUACAUCCUCCGCGCCCUCGACGCCAGCGGCAGCGUAGGUCUCGCGGAGCAAGUCGAGACAAACGACUGGGCGCGCCUCGGCGGCGGAGGGUAUAACAGCGCCCUCAAUGCACUAAACUACCACGCCCUCUUCUCCCUCGCAAGCCUAGCCGCCGACACGACGACAGACUCCAACGGCCGCGCAGACCAAGCAGAAACAUGGGCCGCCGCGGCAGCGAAGCUGAAGACGUCGUACAACGAUGUAUUGUGGGACGCCUCUGCCUCGCAGUACCGCGAUAACGAGACCGCGGCGGGAGCUCUCCUCUUCCCGCAGGACGGCAACGCGCUGGCUCUGCAGUAUAACCUCACUUUAUCCCCUACUCAAGCCUCCUCCGUCUCCGCGGCGCUGCUACGGAAUUGGCACGCCAUCGGACCCGUUACGCCCGAGUUACCGGAUACAAUUUCUCCCUUCAUCUCCUCCAUCGAAGUCCUCGCCCACUUCACCGCGCGGAAACCCCGUCGUGGGUUACGACUGAUACGCCGAACGUGGGGCUACAUGCUCGACUCCCCGCUCAUGACGGGAAUCACGCUCGUGGAGGGGAUGAGCGCCAACGGAUCGUUGUACUAUCGCUCCCAACGGGGAUAUAACUACGACGCGGCGUAUACUUCGCACUCGCACAGCUGGUCUACGGGGCCGACGCAGGCCCUUAGCUUCAAGGUUGUCGGGCUUGAGGUUGUUGGGUGGGGACGGUGGCGGUUCGAGCCGCAGAUGGGGGAUCUGAAGAGAGCUGAGACGGGGUGGUGGGAUGGGAAGGGGGGUGAAUACGGGGCCGUUGUUGUGGUUGAGGGUGGUGAUGAUGGUGGGCAGGGCAAAGAAGGGGUGCUGGAGGCGGAGAUUCUGACGCCUGAUGGGACUGAGGGGUCCAUUGAGAUCCCGUACUGUGAGGUUCUAUUUGUAGAUGGACAGAGGUGGGAUGGUAGUAGGCUUCAAGGAGGGGGACGGACCAAAAUCAGGGGCGAGGGAUGUCGAGCCAGUUGUUGAAGAGAACUGCGCCGUGAGCAGUAAAAAGGACUCUUCUAAUAGUUCAAAAUAGACAGAUCUCGAGGUCACCGACAACGACAAAACUAGCGAACUGCAGGUGUGUGACAUCGUAAAUCGAAACAAGGGAGGUGAUUCCGACUUGAUGUCCAAAAAGGAUGCCCCCUCACGGGAUUGAACCGUGGACCUUCGCAUGUCGAAUAAGUACGAGUGCGACGCUCUACCACUGAGC